CUUUUGACCUCAUUAGCGCAGACAAUUUACAAUGGCGGCUUUCCUUGACCUGACCACUUUUCUGCAAGCAUCGGGCGAGUGUCAGGGGGUUGAGAAGAAAAAAGCAAAGCGCGCACUCGCCUUAUAACAAGCAACCAACAGAGGCAUGCGAGGAGCAUUGGCGUCGCCAUAUCAUGACGAGGUCCGCCAGCUCGCUUCGCCGGAAGCUCAGCCACGCCCAGCAGUCGCUCCAGCAUCAGAUCCAGUCGCCGGCGCAGCGUGGACGUGCGCUGCUGCAGGAAGCUGCCCUGCCAGGCUCCAAGGACCUGGCAGAAUUGACCUGCCUGCUCCUCCUCUGCGCCAAGCUCCGUCGCCGCAUUCUGUCUCCGCGCCAGGAUUGUCAAACCCAUAAAUACCACAAGCACCAGCAGCAGCAACAUGGGCGUGAUCGGUCGUCGUCAGAUGAUGCAGACAGGAGUGACUUUGAUCCAGACGAAGGGCCACCGGCGUACGAUGAAGUAGAAGAGGCGCCGCCACCACACUCGUCGAUCGAUCGCCAGGGCCCACUGUCCGUCUCGCGACGUAAGGACCACAUCUGGCACGCCUACCUUUAUCAAGCCGUGAUCCGCCUUCAGCUCUUUGUACACCGCAUCGUUCCCGAGGCGACGGAACGUGCUUUCGCCGAUGUGCCGGCGCCGGCGCCUGACGACAAGGACACCAGCUCGGCGCGGGAGCUGCCGGCUUCGUACCUCCCUCCAUUGGAUGUCUGCAUCGCUUGGGCUGCUACGAUCGGACAGGUGGCCUGGUCAUUGGAACCAGGAGAGAGCCUCUCGAACGGUCCCCGCAUGAAUGCGCUGGACGACUGGGUCUUUCCCUUGAGUCUUGUCGCAACACACUUCGAUACCACAACUUGCCGGCUGCGUGAUGGGACAGGCAUCGAGGAGGGACUGGUGGCGGAGUCGAACUGGGAACGCUUGACUGGCACUCCCUUUUACACCACAGAUGCAGUCUCUACCACCUCUGCCUUUUCUACCUGCUCGUCAUCGCUACCAGCAUCCGUGUUUCACUCUGAUGACCGACUGCCAAAAGCCCUUAUCAUCGCCUGUCCGCAACCAGGAUGUUCCUUUCAGGCGCCCAUCGACAUCGUCUCGCCCUCCAUUCAGGACGUGGCAGUGGCGUCGCUCAGGCGGUCGCAGAGAGGCCUAGCCCAACCUGGCUGGCGAAGAGGGUGCAAGCAGUGCGGCACUUCUACGUUGGUCGAAUUGGACACUCUUGCUGGCGCCCAGCUAAUCAAUGACCUCGAGACAUGGUGUCAAGAUGAGACAUUCGUCUUCUGUGGCCUCGAGCAUGACGUCGAGUCUGGCAUUCCGCUGCCUCGCUGCUAUUCCCAUGCCCUGGCUGCCCACCUUCUCACUCCCCUCUUCGGCAAAGCCAUGUCGCCUCGGCGUCGCAAAGCCAACGAAGCUUACGCGAAGGAGGCACUCUCCCUCGGGGACUCGACCACACUACCGCCUUUGCCGAAUGUCGCGUCCUUCACCAUCGGAGAGCGGGAGACAAGCGCCAACUCGCUCUCGUCAGCGAUGCAUGCCGUCACCCUGGAGACUAUCUCGACGACGGCUUCAGAGCUGGGCGCAAGCUGCGACUACCACCUCGACAAGAUUGUCUCUCGACUCGAGUCUGAUGUGCUCAUGUCUCAGCCUCGGAUCCACCAGUCUCGCAACUCUUCGAUGCACCCGAAGCGCAUGGCGCAGACACCGCAGAGCUACGGAGGCGGCAUAGGUGCGGGCGGUCCCACCUUCAAUCUCAGCAACCCGCUCGAGGAGGGCCAAGCUACCUCCACGUCCGCCAUGUUGGCAGCGCGUGAGGAGGCCUUGCUGUCCGGUCUGAUCCGCUCCCUUACAAGGCCAUACGAGACGCGGAGAAGCGCCGGUGUCGUGGGCGCAGGUCUGACCUUGCAUCUGUUCGAGGGAACCAGCCAGGCAAGGCAAGGCCACGGGAACGAGGUGCUGCUAGGGGUGGCCAAACCUGUCAAGGAGAUGCUCGUCCUGGCCAAUCAGCUCGACAAGUGGGCCACAACGCACGCCCAGUCACAGUCGCAGUCGCAGUCGCUCAGCUUCUCUCAGCGGGCGGCAAACGAGUACUCGGAGAUGCUCGAGUCGCUAGCCAGCAACGAGGGUGACCGGCUGCGGUCCAAGGUUGCCUCAAGCCGUGGCAAAGUGGGAGACGGCUGGGUUACGACCGAAGAGCGAGCCUCGGUCGAGUCCAAGCUGAGCCGCGAUGACUCCUUUGGUGCUCGCCUGGGCUGGACCGCACACGUCUUGUUCCGAGGGCGCAGGCCGUACGUUCGGGAAAUGGUCGAGCUCCUCGGCGUCGUUCCUCGCCAUUCGUGGAAGAGGGUCACUGAGCCAGGCACGCUUUUCGAAGAAGAUACCGUCGAGUGACCCGCCCCCACAUGACUGUCCAUCGCCGCCGCCGCCCCCGGAGAAGCUCAAUAGCUAGCUCAGAGUGUCGAAGAGGUGAUCGCGUUAGUUGCCAGGGGUCCACUGCCAGUUGCCAGGUCUGUCAGCACAUGAAUAUUGUUACAAUCUUUGUUACCGGUACAUUUUUGUGGAUGGUCUACUUAUUGUGCUUUCUCUAUCGUCUGGCACAAUGACUUCCAUCAGCAAGUUUAUCUCAGAAGCGCUGGAAUGAUGCUCAGUCGCUUAGAGAAGGUCGUUCCUACGCCAUGGCAGCCCAAUGAUCAUCUAAGCCGGAGAAGUCGUUGCGGACAGCCGGGCGCAAGACUUUCAUGGAGUGAAGUUCUGUGACGUAGACACAGACACUUCGAUAGUAAAUCCUCAGACACUAACUUAUCAUCUUCAUGACAAACUGGG